CCCGCCCCCGCCCCUCUCAGGAGAGGGCGCGCGGAGAACCCGCUGCCACCGCCGGUGUGAGGCGGCCCGGCCUGGCUCCCUUCGCCGGGAAGCCCGCCCAGGAGCCGCCGCCGGGUCCCGCUCGUCGGCCGUCUCAGCCUCAGCCCCAGCCUCAGCCGCCGUCGUUGCGCCUGCUCCCGGGCCGUCCCGGCCUGUGCCGUCGCCGCCCCCAGCGUCGGAGCCAUGGCGGGCGCCGCGUCCCCCUGCGCCAACGGCUGCGGGCCCGGCGCGCCCUCGGACGCCGAGGUGCUGCACCUCUGCCGCAGCCUCGAGGUGGGCACCGUCAUGACUUUGUUCUACUCCAAGAAGUCGCAGCGACCCGAGCGGAAGACCUUCCAGGUCAAGCUGGAGACGCGCCAGAUCACGUGGAGCCGGGGCGCCGACAAGAUAGAGGGGGCCAUUGAUAUUCGAGAAAUCAAGGAGAUUCGCCCAGGGAAGACCUCACGAGACUUUGAUCGCUAUCAAGAGGACCCCGCUUUCCGGCCAGACCAGUCACACUGCUUUGUCAUUCUCUAUGGAAUGGAAUUCCGUCUGAAGACGCUGAGCCUGCAAGCCACAUCUGAGGAUGAAGUGAACAUGUGGAUCAAGGGCUUAACUUGGCUGAUGGAGGAUACAUUGCAGGCACCUACACCCCUGCAGAUUGAGAGGUGGCUCCGGAAGCAGUUUUACUCAGUGGAUCGGAAUCGUGAGGAUCGUAUAUCAGCCAAGGACCUAAAGAACAUGCUGUCCCAGGUCAACUACCGGGUCCCCAACAUGCGCUUCCUCCGAGAGCGGCUGACGGACCUGGAGCAGCGCAGCGGGGACAUUACCUACGGGCAGUUUGCUCAGCUGUACCGCAGCCUCAUGUACAGCGCCCAGAAGACGAUGGACCUCCCUUUCUUGGAAGCCAGUACUCUGAGGGCUGGGGAGCGGCCGGAGCUUUGCCGAGUGUCCCUUCCUGAGUUCCAGCAGUUCCUUCUUGACUACCAGGGGGAGCUGUGGGCUGUUGAUCGCCUCCAGGUGCAGGAGUUCAUGCUCAGCUUCCUCCGAGACCCCUUGCGAGAGAUCGAGGAGCCAUACUUCUUCCUGGAUGAGUUUGUCACCUUCCUGUUCUCCAAAGAGAAUAGUGUGUGGAACUCACAGCUGGAUGCAGUAUGCCCGGACACCAUGAACAACCCCCUUUCCCACUAUUGGAUCUCCUCCUCACACAACACGUACCUGACCGGGGACCAGUUCUCUAGUGAGUCCUCCUUGGAAGCCUAUGCUCGCUGCCUGCGGAUGGGCUGUCGCUGCAUUGAGUUGGACUGCUGGGACGGCCCAGAUGGGAUGCCAGUUAUUUACCAUGGGCACACCCUUACCACCAAGAUCAAGUUCUCAGAUGUCCUGCAAACCAUCAAGGAGCAUGCCUUUGUGGCCUCAGAGUACCCAGUCAUCCUGUCCAUUGAGGACCACUGCAGCAUUGCCCAGCAGAGGAACAUGGCCCAGCACUUCAAGAAGGUGCUAGGGGACACACUCCUCACCAAGCCUGUGGAGAUCUCCGCUGAUGGGCUCCCCUCACCCAACCAGCUUAAGAGGAAGAUCCUCAUCAAGCACAAGAAGCUGGCUGAGGGCAGUGCCUACGAGGAGGUGCCUACAUCCAUGAUGUACUCUGAGAACGACAUCAGCAACUCCAUCAAGAAUGGCAUCCUCUACCUGGAGGACCCUGUGAACCAUGAAUGGUAUCCCCACUACUUCGUUCUGACCAGCAGCAAGAUCUACUACUCUGAGGAGACCAGCAGUGACCAGGGCAACGAGGAUGAGGAGGAGCCCAAGGAGGUCAGCAGCAGCACAGAGCUGCACUCCAAUGAGAAGUGGUUCCAUGGGAAGCUAGGGGCAGGGCGUGACGGGCGGCACAUCGCUGAGCGCCUGCUCACUGAGUACUGCAUCGAGACCGGGGCCCCUGAUGGCUCCUUCCUCGUGCGAGAGAGUGAGACCUUCGUGGGCGACUACACGCUCUCUUUCUGGCGGAACGGGAAAGUCCAGCACUGCCGUAUCCACUCACGGCAAGAUGCUGGGACCCCCAAGUUCUUCUUGACAGACAACCUCGUCUUUGACUCCCUCUAUGACCUCAUCACACACUACCAGCAGGUGCCCCUGCGCUGCAAUGAGUUUGAGAUGCGACUUUCAGAGCCUGUCCCACAGACCAAUGCCCAUGAGAGCAAAGAGUGGUACCACGCGAGCCUGACCAGAGCACAGGCUGAGCACAUGCUGAUGCGUGUCCCUCGUGAUGGGGCCUUCCUGGUGCGGAAGCGGAAUGAGCCCAACUCAUAUGCCAUCUCUUUCCGGGCUGAAGGCAAGAUCAAGCAUUGCCGUGUCCAGCAAGAGGGCCAGACUGUGAUGCUAGGGAACUCGGAGUUCGACAGCCUUGUUGACCUCAUCAGCUACUAUGAGAAGCACCCGCUAUACCGCAAGAUGAAGCUGCGCUAUCCAAUCAAUGAGGAGGCGCUGGAGAAGAUUGGCACAGCUGAGCCUGACUACGGGGCCCUGUAUGAGGGACGCAACCCUGGCUUCUAUGUAGAGGCAAACCCUAUGCCAACUUUCAAGUGUGCAGUCAAAGCCCUCUUUGACUACAAGGCCCAGAGGGAGGAUGAGCUGACCUUCACCAAGAGCGCCAUCAUCCAGAAUGUGGAGAAGCAAGAGGGAGGCUGGUGGCGAGGGGACUACGGAGGGAAGAAGCAGCUGUGGUUCCCAUCAAACUACGUGGAAGAGAUGGUCAACCCCGUGGCCCUGGAGCCAGAGAGGGAGUCACAGGUGCACCCACAAGAUGUAUUUGUUCCAUGUACACGGAUAUCCCCUCACACACGUGCAGUAGCCAUGCUGACCAUUGGUGGGCUUUGCUUCCCACAGCACUUGGACGAGAACAGCCCCCUAGGGGACUUGCUGCGGGGGGUCUUGGAUGUGCCGGCUUGUCAGAUUGCCAUCCGUCCUGAGGGCAAGAACAACCGGCUCUUCGUCUUCUCCAUCAGCAUGGCGUCGGUGGCCCACUGGUCCCUGGAUGUUGCUGCCGACUCACAGGAGGAGCUGCAGGACUGGGUGAAAAAGAUCCGUGAAGUGGCCCAGACCGCAGAUGCCAGGCUCACUGAAGGGAAGAUAAUGGAACGGAGGAAGAAGAUCGCCCUGGAGCUCUCUGAACUUGUUGUCUACUGCCGGCCUGUUCCCUUCGAUGAAGAGAAGAUUGGCACAGAACGUGCUUGCUACCGGGACAUGUCAUCCUUCCCGGAGACCAAGGCUGAGAAAUACGUGAACAAGGCCAAAGGCAAGAAGUUCCUUCAGUACAAUCGACUGCAGCUCUCCCGCAUCUACCCCAAGGGCCAGCGACUGGAUUCCUCCAACUACGAUCCUUUGCCCAUGUGGAUCUGUGGUAGUCAGCUGGUGGCCCUCAACUUCCAGACCCCUGACAAGCCUAUGCAGAUGAACCAGGCUCUCUUCAUGACGGGCAGGCACUGUGGCUACGUGCUGCAGCCAAGCACCAUGCGGGAUGAGGCCUUCGACCCCUUUGACAAGAGCAGCCUCCGUGGGCUGGAGCCAUGUGCCAUCUCUGUUGAGGUGCUGGGUGCCCGACAUUUGCCAAAGAAUGGCCGAGGCAUUGUGUGCCCUUUUGUGGAGAUUGAGGUGGCUGGAGCUGAGUAUGACAGCACCAAGCAGAAGACAGAGUUUGUGGUGGACAAUGGACUCAACCCUGUAUGGCCAGCCAAGCCCUUCCACUUCCAGAUCAGUAACCCUGAAUUUGCCUUUCUGCGCUUUGUGGUGUAUGAGGAAGACAUGUUUAGUGACCAGAAUUUCCUGGCUCAGGCUACUUUCCCGGUAAAAGGCCUGAAGACAGGAUACAGAGCAGUGCCUUUGAAGAACAACUACAGUGAGGACCUGGAGUUGGCCUCCCUGCUGAUCAAGAUUGACAUAUUCCCUGCCAAGCAGGAGAAUGGUGACCUCAGUCCCUUCAGUGGUACGUCCCUGCGGGAGCGGGGCUCAGAUGCCUCAGGCCAGCUGUUUCACGGCCGAGCCCGGGAAGGCUCCUUUGAAUCCCGCUACCAGCAGCCAUUUGAGGACUUCCGCAUCUCCCAGGAACAUCUUGCAGACCAUUUUGACAGUCGAGAACGAAGGGCCCCAAGAAGGACUCGGGUCAAUGGAGACAACCGCCUCUAGUUGUACCCUAGCCUCGUUGGAGAGCAGCAGGUGCUGUGCGCCUUGUAGAAUGCCGCGAACUGGGUUCUUUGGAAGCAGCCCCCUGUGGUGGCCUUCUGGGUCUCACAGCCUGGAGCCUGGAUUCCAGCAGUGAAUGCUAGACAGAAACCAAGCCAUUAAUGAGAUGUAUUACUGUUUUGGGCCUCCAUGUCCCAGCUCUGGAUGAAGGCAAAAACUGUACUGUGUUUCGCAUUAAGCACACACAUCUGGCCCUGACUUCUGGAGAUGGAUCCUUCCAUCUUGUGGGGCCAGGACCAUGGCCGAAGCCCCUUGGAGAGAGAGGCUGCCUCAGCCAGUGGCACAGGAGACUCCAAGGAGCUACUGACAUUCCUAAGAGUGGAGGAGGAGGAGGAGCCUUGCUGGGCCAGGGAAACAAAGUUUACAUUGUCCUGUAGCUUUAAAACCACAGCUGGGCAGGGUGAGAGGCUAGAUGCCCCUGCAGUUUGGCCCUGGAGCCAGGGUAGAGGAAUGUAGGGCCUGCAUGGAGAAGGGCUCUGCCCUGCCUGAGGAGGAGGACACAGCACAAGGGCACAUUGCCCAUGGCUGGGAACAUGACCCAGCCUGAAAGAUACAGGGGAUCAUGUUAAAAAUAGCAGUAUUAUUUUUCUUCUCAAUGGUAUUGUAACUAAGUUAUUUACUCCUCCUGCUCCUCACCCUUGUAGGGAAACCUUGGAGUAGAGCCUUGGAGAGGAGAGUGGCAGGUGGGCUGCCUGCUGUGUUAAGAGGGCUUAGUUUGUGAUGUUAAAGCACUGUCAGGAAUGGGGGGCGGGGGGUGGGGGGAAGAGAAAAAAUAGCAGAGCCUAUUUUGGUGAGGUUGUUUUUAAGUCAAAGACGACUCAAUAUGCUUUCCCUGAGGAAUUAAAAAGCGAUUGAGGAGUUGCCUGCCUCCUGGGUGGGUGGGGUACAGGCAGUUGGGUGCUGAAUGAAGCUGCCAUCCUUAUUGCAGCUUCUAACUGGUAAAAAAGAUCCAGGGAUGGAGAUGGGAAAGUUAAAAAGGCAGCCCGCACCUCAGGACAGAGGCCGAGGCCGGGGCCAGGCCCAUGGGCGCAAAGGUGCCUCAUAGCAUAGCCAGCAUUCAGCACACACAAACCUACUGCCCACAUUUGGGCUCAGGGUUGGCCAUUUGCUAGUUCUGCUGCCCUCUUAAGAUCUGACUGCCAAAUAAAUCAUCCUCAUGUCCUUUUU